AUGCGCCGUGCAUUGCGGCAGCUCGCCGUCGAACUCUUGCGCAAGGACCCGGAUACGUAUUCGAGUGCGAUUUUAGGCGAGUCGCGCGAGUCCUACUUGGCCAAACUCGUGAAGCCCACAACAUGGGGCGGCGCGGUGGAGCUGGCGCUAUUUGCCGCUCACUUCCAGGUUGAAAUCUGGUGCUGGGACGCCAAGAGCGGCGUGUGCCACAAGUUCGGCGAACAGCAAGGAUAUUCGACGGCAUGGCUGCUUGCCUACGCUGGAAUCCACUAUGACGUGUUGGUCGGGCUUCCAACGCCUGACGCGCCGCCCGAGCGUGGCACCACUGCUUUCGCCGUGUCGCAGCCGGGGCUCACAGACGCGUGCCAGCACCUUGUCACGCAGCUGCAAUCGCAGCACUACUAUACGGACACGGCGACCUUUUCCAUCACAUGCCGCACCUGCGGCCAGCGUCUCGAAGGCGAGAAGGGCAUCGCGAUGCACGCCCAGCAGACUGGUCACUCUGACUUUAGUCAGACAGAAGAAACCCUUUCCCAGUAG